AUGGCAUCCGCAAAUUACGAGCGCGGCCCACCGUCUCUCCACAUCAGUCCGCCGGGAACCGCCUACGCAAGCGCCGCUUCAACAAGCUCCGCACCACCACCUGUCAAGCGCCCUCCCCAUGGCCGCGCACGCUCUUCGUCGCUAGUAUCGGUGACGCGCGUUGAAGAGACGCACGAAGAACUGCUCGAUCAAUCCGCCGGCUUCAACGCCAAUGCCGACUGGGUCAACUACAAGGGCGCAUGGGUUAUCCACGUCGUGCUCAUCCUCGUCGCCAAGAUCUUGCUGGAUGUGAUCCCCGCGAUGCAGCAGGAUACAUCGUGGACGCUUGUCAAUCUGGGAUACAUGUCGCUCUCGUACGUCAUGUUCCACUACGUCACCGGAACGCCGUUCGAAUCCAACGCGGGCGUCUACGAUCAGCUCACGCUGUGGGAACAGAUCGACGAGGGCGCACAGUACACUCCGGCCAAAAAGUGGCUCACCUCGGUGCCCAUCGGUCUGUUCUUGAUCUCGACCCAUUACACGAGAUACAACCCGUUGCUGUUUGGUCUCAACUUUUGCGCACUGCUCUUUGUGCUCUUCCCGAAGCUACCCAUCUUGCACCGUCUCAGGUUCAGGUUUUUCGCCCCACCACCUACGCCUAGCCCGCAUCCGAGUCAGCCGCCUACGCCGACAGGCUCGCGUGCUCAGAGCCAGUUGUUUUGA